AUGCUCUCUGCAUUCACCGCUCGACCCAUCGUCGAGCUCAAGCAGCGCGACAAGUCGAAGAUCGAGUCCAUCCUCGCAUAUGGCGACCGCGUGCUCGUAGGCUUGAACACGGGUGCUCUGCGCAUCUACCGCGUAAACGACCAGAUUGAGGAUGUAGACCCCGACCGCAAGCAGAACGGCGACUCGAACGGUGAAAGCGAAGCACCUGCCACGCCAAAAGCCAGACCCGCCGACCUCCUACGCGAAGAGGAGAAGUUCUCGCGACGACCGAUACAACAGCUGGCGAUUAUCAAGGAAGCGAAUAUCUUGGUCUCGCUUUCUGACAACUAUGUCUCGAUCCACGACAUUCAGACGUACCAGUUGCAGGAGAAGCUUGAGAAGACACGGGGUGCGACUACCUUCGCUGCGGCAAGCAACAUCGUCAAGGACCCCUCGACUGGCAUUCCGUCCAUCGUGAGCCACCUGGCUGUCGCCGUGAAGCGGAAGAUCAUACUGUGGACAUGGCAGGACAUGGAGCUGACGGGCGACGCGGUGGAGAUCUCGCUCAUUGCGUCCGUCAAGAGCCUGACAUGGGCGACAGGCACCAAGAUAGUCGCUGGCAUGGACCCCGGCUUCGUGAUGGUCAAUAUCGAGACGCAGGAGGUGCAGGAUAUCAUCAAGCCAGGCGCGUUGGCCGAGAACGGGAGUCAGGGCGGAGCACGCUUCGGCGCUGUUUCGUCGUCAGGCAUGGGAUACAUGGGCAUGGGUAGUUGGGUGCCGAAGCCGCUCGCGACACGACUUGGAGAGGGCGAGAUGCUGUUGGCGAAAGAUGUCAACAGCCUUUUCAUCGAUACAGACGGGAAUGCCCUCGAGAAGCGACAAGUACCCUGGCACUCCGCUCCCGAGACCAUCGCAUAUUCGUACCCAUAUAUGCUCACGCUGCUACCCCCUUCGAAGGGCAGUCUGGAAGUCAGGAAUCCGGAUACCCUGAGCCUGCUACAGACAAUCGCACUACCCAACGUCAGCUUUCUCCACGUGCCGCAGCCGAACAUCAGCUUAGCCCAUGCCGGAAAGGGUUUCCUCGUCGCGAGCGAUCGAUCGAUAUGGCGCAUGGGAGCACAGAGCUACGAGACACAGAUUGAUGAGCUGGUCGCUCAUGGGCGUUACGACGAGUCGCUCAGUCUCCUCAACAUGCUGGAAGAUACUCUGCUUCUUGACAAGGAGGAGAGGGUGCGGGAGAUACAGAUACUGAAGGCGCAGGCCUUGUUCGACCAGAGAAAGUACCGUGAGGCGAUGGAACUGUUUGUCGAUGCAAAGGCCCCGCCUGAGCGCGUCAUCGCGAUGUACCCCAGGUCUAUCGCUGGUAACUUAGCACCAGAAGAGAGUGUCAAGGGUGAUGGGAGCGUUGCGGAUGAGGAAGAAGCGAAUGGAGAGAAAGAGAAACCAACGAAAGAACAAGAGGAAAGCACACCCGCUCCUGUAGCUACGAUUGGGCGAUCGAUGAUGGGCCGGUUUGGAGUCGGAGGACAUAAGAAGGUUGAUUCAGACGCUGCAUCUAUUCGCACCAACUCGGCCAAAGACGAUACUAUGGAACCAGCGAGCGUAAAGAAGAGGCCAACCGAUCCCUCUCAGCCCGACAAAGCGGCAGCAGAGAAAGAGUUCAAAGACUCUGUUCGUGCUCUGCAGUCUUUCCUUACGCAAUGUCGUGUCCAGAUAAAACGCUACAUCGACACGGACGGUAACCUCAAAGAACCUCUCCCCACACCCAGCGGCAGCCAACUCGAAGCCGAAAAGCCACCCUUCCACAUCUUCAUCGAAGAGUCCUCACUCCAAUCCCCCGUCGAUUGGAAAGCAAAACUGCUCGAAGUCGCCCAACUCGUCGACACAACCCUCUUCCGCGCAUACAUGAUCGCCAACCCCAGCGUAGCCGGCUCCCUCUUCCGGCUCCCCAACUUCUGCGAACCAGACGUCGUGCAAGAGAAGCUCUACGAAACAGGUCGCUACGCCGAUCUAAUCGACUUCCUCCACGGCAAGAAACUACACCGCCAGGCACUAGAACUACUCGAGAAAUUCGGCAAGAACGAAGCCGACGAAGAAGUCUCACCUGCAUUGCAAGGACCGCAAAGGACCGUUGGAUACCUACAAGCCCUCCCCCCCGAACUCAUCGACCUCAUCCUCGAAUACGCAGAAUGGCCCCUCCGCACCGACCCCAACCUCGGCAUGGAAAUCUUCCUCGCCGACACCGAAAACGCCGAAACCCUGCCUCGCGACCGCGUUCUCGAGUUUCUGCAAAACAUUGAUUUGAAACUGGCGGUGAGGUACCUCGAACACAUUAUCGAGGAGCUGAAUGACCUGAAUGUGGAUUUCCACCAGAGACUUGUGGAUUUGCUGUUGGAGAGGUUGAAAAAAGGAGAUAAGGGGGAAGGAGGGGAGGGGCAGGGCAAAUUUGAGAGUGAGGAGGAGAAGAGGGAUUGGAAGGAGAGGUUGGAGGUGUUUUUGAAAAAGGGGAAUGCGCAGUAUAAUCGGUAUAGGGUGUUUCAGCAGCUUCCUGCGAAUGAUCCGGAUUACUACGAAGCGAGAGCUAUUGUGCUGAGUAAAAUGGGGAGUCACAAGCAGGCAUUGGCGAUUUAUGUGUUUCAGUUGAAGGAUUAUCAGAAAGCUGAGGAAUACUGCAACCAAGUCUACGCCGCACCCCCCACCUCAACCCCUUCCUCGCGCCCCCACUCCCCGGAAAAAAUCCGCGGCACAAUCGAAGACACCGACCUCUCAAUCUACCACGUCCUCCUCUCCCUCUACCUCCAACCCCCACCCCCACACCCCCCAAACUGGCCCCCUGCCCUCUCCCUCCUCUCAAAACACGGCGCCCGCCUCCCCGCCGCCACGACCCUCGAUCUCAUCCCCCCUUCUCUCCCCGUUAAGGACCUAGAAUCUUAUUUCUUCGGGAGAAUCCGGAAUGCGAAUUCGCUGUUGAAUGAAGAGAGGAUCGUGGCGAGGUUGAGGGGCGUGGAGAAGGUGGGUGUGGAGAGGGCGGUGUUGCUGGGCGGCGAGGAGAAGAGGGAUGCGUAUGGCAGGUUGGCGCCGGGCGGGUUGAACAGGAGGGUUGUGAUUGAUGAGGAGAGGCAUUGUAGUGUUUGUCAUAAGAGGUUUGGGGGGAGUGCGAUUAGGGUGUUUCCGGAUAAUGGGGUUGUGCAUAGUGGGUGUGCGAGGGGGGGUGUUGUUGGUGGUGGUGGUGGUGGUGGGUUUGGAGGGAAUAACGGGAGGAGGACGGGGGGUGCGGGGUGGCGGUAG